UUUAUUAUCUGUAAUGUAAAUAGAUCCAUAUAGAUCUUACAUGUGUAUAUGUUAUCAUAAAGUUCAAACUCCCGUUAUGUGAUGGCGUGUAAUGUAUAAAUCUAUUUCACUGUGUAAAGUAACAGUCGUGUUGUAUUCCGAAAUCGUGUAAAAUAAAAUAUUUACGACAGUCAUGGCUGAAUCGGAUAAGAAACCCGAAGAGGAUAAGAAACCUGCAGCAGGAAGAAGAAAUGUUAUGAUAUCUAUGGACGGAAGUAAAGGUGCCAAAUAUGCGUUUGACUGGUAUGCCGAGAACGUUUACCAACCGACAGAUAAUGUUAUUAUGGCUUACUGUGCAGAACAUGGCGUCAGUUUACCACCAACAGCUUUGAUGGCGGGAAAUCCAACUGUUAUACAAGCCAUGAUGAAAGAAAAAGAGGAAGAAGUCAUGAAAGUGUUCAAGACAAUUGAUGAGCUGGCUAACAAACAUAAUAUUAAGCAUACGUUGGAACGAUUGGAUGGACCGCCAGGCGAGUGUCUUAUAAGAGCGGCGGAGCAACAGAAUGUCACACUGAUCGUUGCUGGGAGCAGAGGUCACGGAACCAUUAGACGUACCAUUAUGGGAAGUACGAGUGAUUAUAUCGUGCAUCAUUCGCACGUGCCAGUGUUGAUUGUCAAACAUGAGGAUGACCAUCAAAAGCUGAAAUGAAAAAACAAAAACUCUUUGAAUAUUUGACUAACUUUUACUAAGGUGGUAGAUCCGUGUUUGCACUCGGUAAUUUCCGUGUUCUAUCGUUUUCUGGUAUGGCGCUUCGGCAUUUUCCGGAUGUAAAUGUCGCGCAAUUCCAUAAAAAAGCAGAUAAUGCUGAAGUCUCAAAUGAAGAAUACACAGUUUACGUUAUGUCAUAACGGCACUGUUCAAUUCUGUUAUAUCUGUUUUACUAUUUACGACCGUAUACAUGUACUCGUAUAUAUUCAGCUGUAUAUAGAGGGAAGUUAUAUAAAAUAGUGUGAGAUACUUUUUGUUGUAUGAAUGAAAUUUAAGUUUAAAAAAAGUUCAGAUGUUAAACAUUUACAAUAAAGGUAUACUAAAUGUA